AUGGCUCGCCUGAUGAUUCCAUCGAUCUUACGGCCAGAAUAUACCUGGCCGCAGCGGAUGCAGUCUGCAAUCCGGCAGACCACCCCUCACGUACCAGUUGGACCCGGCAAAUGCACCAGAAUAUUCUGGAGCAUCAUUCACAAGUUCCUUUAUUACUUCUCGCAAUGGUACUGCUCUUGGUUCGGUCUACUAUUCGACGCAAAUAUUGUUCAAUUACCAUUUGGACUUGUUAUGAAAUGGACGGACCGGACGAGCGUCGAGCAAGCCGUCUCAAUGCAAAUGGCAAGAUCUGCCGGAAUGCCUGUACCCAAAGUCAUCAGCUGUGGUGAACACCUAGAUGCGCCUUUCAACCGAAGAUUUUCUAUCUUGAUGACAAGGCUACCUGGUGUACCUCUUGAGAACUCGAAUGAUGGACUACAGGUUGAUACAAAGGAGCCGUGGCUAGAGGAGUUGAAAUUAUGUAUCACCUCUAUGCGAUCGUGGCAUUCUCCAGGGUCAGAGACGAUAUGUUCUCCUAUUGGAACCCGCUUACGGAGCUCACGAGUUCCUGGGCACAUGAUGGGUCCCUUUUCCAGCCUGGAGGCUUUUUACAACUACCUUUUCGCCCCGGCUUCCGCCCAUGCAUUCAAAUCCGACACCGAAUACCAAAAGACUCUGUCACGCGCAAAAAGGUUGCAGAGCCAUAAACAUAGAAUUGUCUUCACUCAUGGGGAUUUCAAAGCGCACAAUAUUCUUGUCGAUGAUGAUGGACAUUUAUCUGGGUUUCUGGACUGGGAAUCCGCAGGCUGGUAUCCCGAAUACUGGGAAUUUACUACGGCUAUGCGCUUUGGGAGAGACAGCUGGUGGUUCCAAGUUGCCUCUUGGAUGGGUGGAACACAAUAUUGGGACGAGUUGGACUCCGAUGUGGCUCUAAAUCUAUUAACCGUCGACUCUUAUAUAGCCCUUUAG